CGGCGCGCAGCUCGAACGCCCCCCGGGCUCCCGCGGGCCGCCCCGAUGUGGCGGGAGGCGAUGCGGCGGCGCCGCUACCUGCGGGACCGAGCCGAGGCGGCGGCGGCGGCGGCGGCGGGUGGCGGAGAGGGGCCGCGGCCGUCGCGGGACUGGCUGUACGAGUCCUACUACUGCAUGAGCCAGCAGCACCCGCUCAUCGUCUUCCUGCUGCUCAUCGUGAUGGGCGCCUGCCUCGCCCUGCUCGCCGUCUUCUUCGCCCUGCGCCUGGAAGCUGAGGACCACGUGGCGUUUCUCAUCACCGUCCCCACCGCCCUGGCCAUCUUCUUCGCCAUCUUCAUCCUCGUGUGCAUCGAGUCUGUGUUCAGGAAGCUACUGCGACUCUUCUCCGUGCUGAUCUGGAUCUGCCUGGUGGCCAUGGGCUACUUGUUCAUGUGCUUCGGCGGCACUGUCUCCCCAUGGGACCAGGUCUCCUUCUUCCUCUUCAUCAUCUUCGUGGUGUACACCAUGCUGCCCUUCAACAUGCGGGACGCCAUCAUCGCCAGCGUGCUCACCGCCUCAUCACACACCGUCGUGCUGAGCGUCUGCCUGUCCUCUGCCCCCGGAGCCAAGGAGCACCUAGUCUGGCAGAUCCUGGCCAACGUGAUCAUCUUCAUCUGCGGCAACCUGGCGGGCGCCUACCACAAGCACCUCAUGGAACUGGCGCUGCAACAGACCUACCAGGACACCUGCAACUGCAUCAAGUCCCGCAUCAAGCUAGAGUUCGAGAAGCGCCAGCAGGAGCGGCUGCUGCUGUCUCUGCUGCCGGCCCACAUCGCCAUGGAGAUGAAGGCUGAGAUCAUCCAGCGGUUGCAGGGCCCCAAGGCCGGCCAGAUGGAGAAUACCAACAACUUCCACAACCUCUAUGUCAAGCGACACACCAAUGUGAGCAUUCUGUACGCUGACAUCGUGGGCUUCACCCGGCUGGCCAGUGACUGCUCCCCGGGAGAACUGGUCCACAUGCUGAACGAGCUCUUUGGAAAGUUUGAUCAGAUCGCUAAGGAGAAUGAAUGCAUGAGAAUAAAGAUCCUCGGGGACUGCUACUACUGUGUGUCGGGGCUCCCCAUCUCCCUCCCCAACCAUGCCAAGAACUGUGUCAAGAUGGGCUUGGACAUGUGUGAAGCCAUUAAGAAAGUGAGGGACGCGACUGGUGUGGACAUCAACAUGCGUGUGGGCGUGCACUCCGGGAACGUGCUGUGCGGCGUGAUCGGCCUGCAGAAGUGGCAGUACGACGUGUGGUCCCACGACGUCACCCUGGCCAACCACAUGGAAGCCGGGGGGGUCCCCGGGCGUGUCCACAUCUCAUCUGUCACCCUGGAGCACUUGAAUGGGGCUUAUAAAGUGGAGGAAGGAGAUGGUGACAUCCGGGACCCAUAUUUAAAGCAGCACCUAGUGAAGACCUACUUCGUCAUCAACCCCAAGGGAGAACGUCGGAGCCCCCAACACCUCUUCAGGCCCCGGCACACCCUGGAUGGGGCCAAAAUGAGGGCUUCGGUGCGCAUGACCCGGUACCUGGAGUCCUGGGGGGCGGCCAAGCCUUUUGCACACCUGCACCACAGAGAUAGCAUGACCACGGAGAACGGCAAGAUCAGCACCACGGAUGUUCCAAUGGGUCAGCAUAAUUUUCAGAAUCGCACCUUAAGAACCAAGUCACAGAAGAAGAGAUUUGAAGAGGAAUUGAAUGAAAGGAUGAUUCAGGCAAUUGAUGGGAUUAAUGCACAAAAGCAGUGGCUCAAGUCUGAAGAUAUCCAGAGAAUCUCGCUGCUUUUCUACAAUAAAAUGCUCGAGAAAGAAUAUCGAGCCACAGCACUGCCGGCCUUCAAGUACUACGUGACGUGCGCAUGCCUCAUCUUCUUCUGCAUCUUCAUCGUGCAGGUCCUGGUGUUACCCAAAACCUCCAUACUUGGGAUUUCCUUCGGAGCUGCGUUUCUCCUGCUCGCCUUUAUCCUUUUCGUCUGCUUUGCUGGACAGCUUUUGCAGUGCAGCAAGAAGGCCCCUGCCUCGCUGCUCUGGCUCCUGAGGUCCUCGGGCAUCAUCGCCAGCCGGCCGUGGCCGCGCAUCGCCCUGACAGUCAUCACCACGGUCAUCGUCCUCACCAUGGCCGUCUUUAACAUGUUCUUCCUGAGUGACCCAGAGGACACCGUCCCUUCAGCUCUCAACACGUCGAACACGAGUGCGCCCACCGUGCCAGCUGCCCUGCUGAGGGCCCAGAGCCUGUUCUUCCUGCCGUACUUCAUCUACAGCUGCAUCCUGGGGCUACUGUCCUGCUCCGUUUUCCUACGUGUCAACUAUGAGCUCAAGAUGUUGAUCAUGAUGGUGGCCCUGGUGGGCUACAACACCAUCCUCCUGCACACGCACGCGCACGUGCUGGACGACUACAGCCAGGUGCUGUUCCGCAGACCCGGCAUCUGGAAGGACCUGAAGACCAUGGGCUCCGUGUCACUCUUCAUCUUCUUCGUCACACUGCUCGUGCUGGGCAGACAGAAUGAAUAUUACUGUAGGUUAGACUUCCUGUGGAAGAACAAGUUCAACAAAGAGCGGGAGGAGAUCGAGACCAUGGAGAACUUGAACCGCGUGCUACUGGAGAACGUCCUGCCCGCACACGUGGCCGAGCACUUCCUGGCCAGGAGCCUCAAGAACGAGGACUUAUACCACCAGUCCUAUGACUGCGUCUGCGUCAUGUUUGCCUCCAUCCCCGACUUCAAAGAAUUCUACACAGAGUCGGAUGUGAACAAGGAAGGCCUGGAGUGCCUGCGGCUGCUCAACGAGAUCAUCGCCGACUUUGACGAUCUGCUGUCCAAGCCCAAGUUCAGUGGCGUCGAGAAGAUCAAGACCAUUGGCAGCACAUACAUGGCGGCGACAGGGCUGAGCGCUGUGCCCAGCCAGGAGCAUGCCCAGGAGCCCGAGCGGCAGCACCUGCACAUUGGCACCAUGGUGGAGUUUGCCUUCGCCCUGGUGGCCAAGCUGGAUGCCAUCAACAAGCACUCCUUCAACGACUUCAAGCUGCGAGUGGGCAUCAACCACGGGCCUGUCAUAGCGGGCGUGAUCGGAGCCCAGAAGCCACAGUACGACAUCUGGGGCAACACAGUUAACGUGGCCAGCCGCAUGGACAGCACCGGGGUCCUGGACAGAAUCCAGGUCACGGAAGAGACCAGCCUCGUCCUGCAGACCCUGGGCUACACGUGCACGUGUCGGGGCAUCAUCAACGUGAAGGGCAAGGGGGACCUGAAGACGUACUUUGUCAACACGGAGAUGUCGCGGUCCCUUUCCCAGAGCAACCUGGCCUCCUGAAGCGCCGUCUCACCCUGUCCGCCCAUCCCCGUGUGCCUGC